CGCACGACACGUGAGACCAUUGAGCUGCCCGAUCCAGUUGAUCUACCCGCGGAGUUGGAGAAUUCCUCGGACGACGAGCUCACCUGCGAGAAGGAAACAACAGUUUCAAAUACGUCCAAUGUGGCUGGCAAAACCGGUAGUGUUACUCUCUAG